AUGUCAGCUUCCAAUGCGUCUCAGACAUGCAAGGAUUACAGCUUCAACCACCACCCCCUCCUGCCUAUCUACACCCUGAUAUUCAUCACAGGUCUGUUGCUGAAUGUGAUGGCCCUAUGGAUAUUCAUCCGCUAGCUGCGCCUGAAGUCUGUGGUGAUGAUCUACAUCUUCAAUCUGGCCGUGAGUGACCUCACCUUCACGCUCUCUCUGUCACUGCGACUCUACUACUAUUCCAACCACCACUGGCCCUUUGGUAACACCCUGUGCCAGGUCUCUGGCUCUGUCUUCCAGAUCAAUAUGUAUGGCAGCUGCCUCUUCCUCACGUGCAUCAACCUGGAUCGCUAUGUUGCCAUUGUCCACCCACUUCGCUGGCGGCAUCUGCGACGCCCCAAGGUGGCCAAGCUCCUUUGCCUGAUGGUCUGGGUUGUGAUCUUCACGGGCUCCAUCCCCACAGCCAUAGUCCACAAGCAAAACCACUGUGAGGUACAGAACCAGACUACAUACCUGUGCUUUGAAAGCUUUAGUGACAACAUGUGGCAGAAAAACCUCUUCCCCUUAGCCUUUCUGGCUGAAAUCUUGGGGUUUCUCCUGCCUGUCAGCUCUGUGACAUACUGCUCAAUCUGGAUCUUUCAGGAGCUCUGCCAGAGCAGCCAGACGAAGACCCUGCGACAGCAGAAUACUCUUUUCCUCUUGGUCAAUCUGGUCAUCUUCAUCAUCUGCUUUGUGCCCUACAACACUACCCUGGCAGUUUAUGGGAUGAUAAAGGCCCCAGUGAUUAAGGUUGAGCAAGAAACACAGGCCUCCGUGCACCAAGUCUUAAUUAUGACAAUGCUGUUGGCCAGCAUGAACUGCACGCUGGACCCCUUGAUCUACUACUUCAGUACUGAGGGUUUCCGUAACAUUAAGAAACUGCGGCGGGGACAAGCCUGGGACUCAGAUACAGGGAUGCUCAAGAAUCAGGCUGUGGAGAAUAAGUCAACCCGAGACCAUGCCUUCUCAAAACUAAAACAACUCCCAGCUGAAAACUUCAUCCGUCCCAAUGGAUCUUUGCCAUCACUUCCUAUGGCAGUAUUUUUGAACAGCCCUAUUGAGGACUCAGAAAUAUAA